UUUUGGUUAAUCUGUUAACGUUAGCUGGCUGGUUAGUAGCUGUGUGUGUAGUUCGUUAUUAGCUGAAAUAAAGCGUGUUUUUAAUGAUUUUCAUUGUAUAACUUUUCUUGUUUUGUUGUAAAACAGUAAAUAUAAUAUUUUUGUAGUUUAGGAUAUUAUAUGUGAUAUUUAUCUAUAAGUUUGGAGCAGCAGUUGGAGCUUUUAUCAUGCAGGUUUGAGCGGCUGGUGUUGUAGCUCCGGACUCGGCGGCGUUUCCCGGUACUUUCUCCCGGACUCUACUCGCUCUCUGGCAUGGCUUUCCGCAGGGCCGCGGGGCUGGUGUGCGGCCUGGCUGGCGGCUCGGCGGUGGUGGUGUGGGCGGAAUGGAGGGGUUAUUUGGGGGAGGACCGCGGAGAGAGCUGGCGGAGUAAAGCGCCGAUCACAGCCGCUCUCAGCGCGCUGCACGCCGCUCACCCCGCCACACAGCCCGCGGGCCUGCCGGUCUACAGCUCCGGCUCCGGCUGGGACAGCAACUGGGACAGGAGGGACCCGUCCACGAUGAUGAGCCCCAGGAGGAAGGAGAGCAGUGGGGAGGAGAACAGCACUGAGGUGGAGAACAACAAACCCAGAGCCACCCGCCACAUCUUCCUCAUCCGCCACUCCCAGUACAACCUGAACGGAAACGGAGACCGGGAGAGAACACUCACUCCACUGGGCCGUGAGCAGGCUGAGCUUCUGGGACAGAGGCUGGCAGAUUUAGGGCUGAAGUACGACGUGAUGAUACACUCCUCAAUGGCCAGAGCCACCGAGACGGCCAGCAUCAUCAGCAGAUACCUGCCAGGUGUGGAGAUGGUGAGCUGUGAUUUGCUGAGAGAGGGUGCACCCAUAGAGCCCGUCCCACCCGUCACUCACUGGAAACCAGAGGCUGUGCAGUACCAUGAGGACGGCGCGCGCAUCGAGGCAGCUUUCCGGCGCUACAUCCACCGAGCUGACCCCAAACAGAAGGAGGACAGCUACGAGAUCAUCGUCUGUCACGCUAACGUCAUCCGCUAUUUUGUGUGCAGAGCUCUGCAGUUCCCCCCUGAGGGCUGGUUGCGGAUGGGUCUGAAUAACGGAAGCAUCACGUGGUUGACGAUCCGUCCGAGCGGCCGGGUGGCUCUGAGAGCGCUGGGGGACUCCGGCUUCAUGCCUCCGGACAAACUCACCCGGACCUGAUCCACCAAACUCCAGCACAGCGGCUCUGAUUAAAGCGAUAGAUCAGAACACUCAAGUUUAUAUACAUAUAUAGAUGUAUUCCUCCAGAUGUAGUUCAUCAGCAAAGACAUGUCUUGUUUUGCUUAUGUAACUAUAAAGCUAUAAAGCUAGUAUUGCUAAUGUAGCUAAGUGAUGAAAACGUAUGUACACCAGUUAGCAUGUUAGCAUGUAUUUCAGAGAUGAGUGUGUCAGAAACAACAUAAACAAGCCUCCACGCUAAUUGGUGUACAUUAGCUUGGAGACUAUGUUAGCUACAUUAGCUUUCUCGUUCCAGUGUAAAACUAAUCAACUAAAGAUCACAGAACAUCAAACUCCUCAUCAUAUCUCCUGGUUUACUGAAUAGAUGGAUUGAACAGAGGAUGAGUGGAGUAAAGUGUAAAUUUGAUGGAGUACUGAACUAUCGCUUUAACAGCUUCUCCUUAAGUGUCUUGAAAAUAAAUUUGCUUUUUGUUAUA